UGUAUCUUUAAUUUCCUUAGUGAAAGAAGGAAGCUUGCAUCGCAAAUGACAGCCUCACUUGUUCGUGCCUUUAAUAUGUGAUCUGUUUUCUCCAGUGGAGGGCACUCAGUGUAUCGCAAACUGGAACAUUAGCACCAACAAGCGCCUGAGCAUCGUCGCUGUCUGGGGAAAAAAAGCAGCCUUCUGAAUGAGAGGGAAGCCAGCCUCUCUCGGCUGCAAAACACUUUCAAACCAGACCGGCUCAAUGGAGAAAACUCACCUGUCCGGCUUUUGAAAAGAAAAAGGUUCUUCUACAGCAAAAGAGACCUGCUGGCAUCACAUCUCAGAAAGGCUGCAGGAUGGAUCGCGGUGUCUGGGGAUGGCAGGAGCAAGCCGAAUAACAAGGGAUGCUCGGAGCUGGAGAAAAGGGGUUUUCUCUCCCCCCUUACCUCCAGAAGUUGCCUUUACCUUCAUGGCCGGCCGUCACUCCACGGUGCAGCUUGCCAAUUGAUGCUAAUGGUCCAUUGGUGAUGGGCAGAAUGGCCCUCCGAGGUUAACCUUCCGCCUUCCCCCUCCUGUCCAUCGGCACCCCCACCCCCAGUCCUGUCUUCCCUACCUCUGCCAUCCCCAUUCCCUCCCCCUUCCCCCCAGAUCCCCCCCCCCCCCAAAUUCUUCCUUGCCCCUCUCGGGAACUUUGUGUGGGUUACUUGCAUUCACGUCGGAUGGCAGCGAAGGAGGUAGCGGCUGGGCUCGUGUGACAUGAACACUGGGAUGGUUUGAAAGGAAAGAGACUGACUUGGGGGGAAAAGGGGGGGGGAAUCCAACCGAAGCAAGCAGGACGCAAAAACAGCUGGAAGAGGAAGGAAAGGGGGGGCGACUGUUUUGCGGAGGAUAAAAGGAUGGGUUUCCAUGUAAUUAAGCAGUUGAGAGGCAUGAGUGCGCUGUUUGUGCUCCUACCUACGGUGCUGUUUGUGACGCUGACGGGGGCUCAGCGAGCUUGCCCCAAGAACUGCAGAUGUGAUGGCAAAAUUGUGUAUUGUGAAUCUCACGCGUUCAGAGACAUCCCUCAGAACAUUUCUGGUGGGUCUCAAGGCUUAUCCUUACGGUACAACAGCAUCCAAAAGCUCAAGCCAAAUCAGUUUGCAGGCCUUCACCAACUCAUAUGGCUUUAUCUUGACCAUAAUUACAUCAGCUCUGUAGAUGAGGAAGCUUUUCAGGGCAUCCGUAGGCUGAAGGAAUUAAUUCUAAGCUCCAACAAAAUCACUCAUCUGCACAACAAAACAUUUCAUCCAGUGCCCAACCUUCGCAAUCUGGACCUGUCAUACAACAAGUUGCAGGCAUUGCAGUCGGAGCAGUUUAAAGGUCUUCGCAAGCUCUUGAUUUUACACUUACGGUCCAACUCACUGAAAACUGUCCCGAUUCGAGUUUUCCAAGAUUGCCGCAAUCUCGAUUUUCUGGAUUUGGGCUACAACCGCCUACGGAGUUUAUCCCGUAAUGCCUUUGCUGGCCUCUUGAAGCUAACAGAGCUCCACUUGGAGCACAAUCAGUUUUCCAAGAUCAACUUUGCUCACUUUCCACGUCUCUUCAACCUUCGCUCUAUUUACUUGCAAUGGAAUAGGAUCCGGUCCAUUAGCCAAGGUUUGACAUGGACUUGGAGUUCCUUACACAACUUGGAUUUAUCGGGGAAUGACAUUGCAGGGAUUGAACCGGGGACAUUCCAGUGCUUGCCCAAUCUGCAGAAGCUCAACCUGGAUUCCAACAAACUCACCAACAUCUCUCAGGAGACUGUCAAUGCCUGGAUUUCCUUAACAUCCAUUACUCUAUCAGGAAAUAUGUGGGAAUGUACUCGAAUUAUUUGUUCUCUUUUUAAUUGGCUUAAAAACUUCAAGGGAAACAAAGAGAGUACCAUGAUUUGUGCAGGCCCUAAGCAUAUCCAGGGAGAGAAGGUGAGUGAUGCUGUAGAAACCUACAACAUCUGUGCUGAAAUCCCAGUUGUGGUCACUGAAAAGCCCUAUCAGCCCCCUAAAACUCCACAGAGGCCUAUCUUUAUUCCAAAACCUACUCUUCCCAAACUGGAGGACUACCAACCAACCUCUUUUACAUCUAGCCCAUCUCCAGAUUUCCCAACAUCUGGACCAGAACCAGAGUAUGAGCAUGUUUCCUUUCACAAGAUUAUUGCUGGAAGUGUUGCCCUCUUUCUUUCUGUGGCUAUGAUUUUGUUGGUCAUCUACGUCUCCUGGAAGCGCUACCCAGCCAGCAUGAAACAGCUCCAGCAACACUCUCUUAUGAAAAGACGCCGGAAAAAGGCCCGAGAGUCUGAAAGGCAAAUGAACUCCCCUUUACAGGAGUAUUAUGUGGACUACAAGCCUACAAACUCUGAGACCAUGGAUGUAUCGGUUAAUGGAUCUGGACCCUGCACGUAUACCAUUUCUGGCUCCAGGGAAUGUGAGCUCUCCGGAGAUGUCCUCUUUCAAAAAGGAAUUGUCAUGGAUGAUUGUGCAGUGAAUAAGGUCCCUCAUCAUAUGAAAACUUUGCCCUAUUAUAGCUACGACCAACCGGUGAUUGGAUACUGCCAGGCCCACAAACCCCUCCAUGUAAAUAAGGGAUAUGACACCAUUUCCCGGGACCAGGCCGAAACCACCAACAUGGAGCUCAGUCGAGAUCAUAGCUUCAUUGCCACAAUUGCACGUUCUGCUGCUCCAACUAUUUACAUUGAAAGAAUACCAAACUGAUGGAAUUUUCCUGAGUUCAAAAGGGUUCUUUUAUUGUGGGGAAGGGGGGGACCUCUGAUUCAAGAUGAGAGGGGAACACAGACGUUUGCCAUUUCCAGUUUACAAACAUUUCCAUGCAAACAACAGAAAGGCAAACAAAACACCAGUUCCUUGAGGAGGACUGCAAAAAUUCAGUCGAGUCACCUCCCAGUGCGAAUUGGAGAACUUCAGGAUGUCCUUUGGCUUUAAACUGUUGAACAAACUUCUUGGUGUAAAUAUCAAAGAAAGAUUGUCAAGUUCUUAUUACAAACAUUAGAUUUCACUCUAGCAACAUAAAGGGAUGGAUUAAAAGUUCUGUUUGUAUAUUUGAUUUUUCUACUCUGCACGGUUCCUUGGAAGAAGAACCACAGGUACAAAUAAGGGGUGGGGGGCAGAUAUAAAAUGGAGUACGAGGUAUUAUUUCUUUAUUAAGUGCUUAACACUCUUAGAGCAUUUCUUUAACAGUUUCCCCUCCUUUUUACUUUUGUUUUGAGAACAAAACAAGCCAAGAUCUCCUUUAUUUUAUUUUUUUCUUAUGAGGGUGGGCGAACAGUAUUAUAAUUUCAGACUCCAAACAUGGUGUUAAAGGCUUAAGUUAAACCAAAUGGACAUGGGCAAUUCAGGUGAAACAACAAAGAGGUGAAACAGACAAACCUUGGGUGCAUGUACAUUUGAGACCCAUGCUGUACAUUUAUGGGGUGGGGGAUCCUUUGGUUUUUUCCUAUCUUCAUUGUGCUUCAUUGUUGACACUACAAUUAUGUUUGGGGUUCUAAAAACAACAAAAAAGAGUAUUGAUGAAUUAAGAGAUCACCACUGAAACGUGCAGCAAUGCUAACUGAAGGUGGGGAGGAGGAUUUUGGGUAUGGUAAUAUCCAUAAUGUACUCAGUAAGGUGAAAAUUGUUAGGAUGGGUUGAAAGUACAUCUUGGAAAAUUUGAUGGCUAGUAUGAUUUGAAGAAACAAACAAACAAAGGAGGAUGUGUAACAUUGUUUGAUUUAUUUUUAAUUAAUUAUUCUGAUCAGUUAGCUUUUGUGUAGUUUUUAUCAAUAAAAGGACAAAAAAAGUGGUGGGGAAAAAUAAAUCUAUUAUUUUGUGGCUGGGAUGCUGCAACACAACUAAACUAAUGACUGAA